AACUAGCUAGCUUCUCGGGGCCGAAUCCCAACGGCAGCGCCCGUGUCGUCCUCUCUAACGUAGCUAGGAGGUACAUGCAUUCUGCAACCUAACGCUUAUUGUGGUAAGGGUGCUCUCGGGGUGAUAAUUAUCGGCUUCCAUGGUGCAGUAGCACCCAUGAACAUAAAAAUGAAAAAAGAGUGGGAGUGAGCCUCUAAUCUAUAACUUGCUGCUGCUAAGAUCUUCAUCUCAUCUUCGCCUCAUCUCUUGUCAUUCAUCAUUCCUGUUACGUCUCUCCUUGCCUUCGUUAUCGCUGCUUCAUCCCUCACCACUCGUUGCUUAUUUGAGUGCUCAGCGAGUAAGCAAAAGAGAAAAAGAACGAUGCUACGGUGGUCUGAAGAGAGCGUGCCUGAGCCAAGGGACCAUACUCUCGAUCCUAUCUCUGCGCCACUGGUAACAACUUACAGUCUCAAAGCCCUUAUCGAUUCGCCCCAGUUCCGGCAAACCAUCAUCCUUCCUUCUGGGAGGACGGUGUCAUACACGGCCUGUGGGUCAAAGACAGGAACACCCGUCGUGUACUUUUAUGGUCUGGGAGGCAGCAGUCGUCAACUCGCUAGUAUUCACGCGCAAGCAGUGCGUCUGGACAUCAAACUGCUCUGUGUCGACCGUCCUGGUACCGGCUUCACAGAUCCCUUUAAACCUCCAUCGAAUCGCCGGCAGAAACAUAAAGAAAAGCCCAGCAAAGAUCAAAGACAGUCCAUCGAAGUUCUGGCAACGGCGUCAGCAGCAGCAACAACGGCCAACGACCGAACAGACGAUUGUCGUCGCAGUAGCGAUGAUCACUCGAACAUCUCCAGCCCUGCCGUGGAUAUUGAUUCGGGCAAUGACACCGAGCAAUUGGAGCAACGGAAAUCGCACACAAAGUCCAUACGUCGCUCCUUCACUAGGGACAGGAAAUCUAGAGCCCCGAACAAAGCAGCAGCCCAGCAGCAACAACAGCCAUCAGCAAACCGCAAACUGAACGAACGUCUACAUCACACUUGUCUCGAAACCCUGGCCGUGAUCGACCAUCUUCUCCCGGGCGCACGCUUCGGUCUCAUGGGUCACUCCUGCGGGAUCUACUAUAUCAUGCAUAUGGUUAAUCUCUUCCCCGACCGGAUUCGACCAGGCCCGAUCUCACUCCUCACCCCCUGGGUGCCCUUUAACGAAUGCCCCAAUACUACAAGCAGUACCUUCAAGUUUUUGAAACAUGUCCCCCGCGGUCUCGUGUGGGCUGUGACCAGUUCGAUGAACCAUUUAGGAUCCAUGAUCAUGUCAUCGAGUAACGCGCUUUCGGGGACGUUAUCGAGCAGGAAUUCCAAUGGGAGCAGUGAUGAUGAACAGGAGAGUACGACUACGACGGGAGGAAGGCGGCGGGAUAAGCGGAGGAAUCGCGAUGGUAAUAAUAAUGCAAGCGAUGAUGAGGAUGGCAACGAUGAGCUCAAGAGACCGGCGGAUCCUUUUAUUCUCCAGUUCUCGGAUGCGUUUGAUAAAGUCGUCCUCCCAGCUCUCGUGCACGAUAUGAAUCGACAACAUUCUAAUGGAUACAACUCCGAGAUCCAGAUGUCCAUUUCGGACGUAGGGUUCGAUCUCGCCAGCAUUCCUCUUCCAGAAGGAGUAACCAUUAACGCAUACUGCGGGUAUCUGGAUAACGUAGUGCCGAUCGAGGCAUCAUACGAGAUGGGUCAGAAGUGUGGUUGGGAGAUGCACGAGUUCAGGUAUUCGGGGCAUGGUGGACCGAGGAUGAGCAUGUAUGCGCUCGAGGACUAUGCAUUGGCGAUUCAAACCAUCGCAGCCAGCAAGGUCGCUGAAGAACAGUUGUCUGAGAUGCAGGCCGAUUAGUCUCGUUCGUCGUUCGUCGUUCGUCGUUCUUAAAAAAAAACGAAUCUAUUUUGCAUGUACAACACCGAGUACUUUUUAACGAUGGUUGCG